ACAGCGUAUAGAAAUAAACGUUUAUCAAUCAAUCUUAAAACAGGAAAAUUUUAAAUUACAAACAUUUGAGAUUCUUUAAUAGAAAGAAUGGGCGACGACUCCAGGUUUUACCAAGGUGUCUUUCUGCUAACCUUGACUUUCAUGGCAGGGGCUACAUGUGGUUAUCAGUUUAAAACUUGGAGAAUGGAAUAUUUAAAACGUAGAAGGGAGCGCCUGGCUGUUAAACUACAAGAAACACAGAGAGAAUGGCGGAAAAGGAAAUUAAAACGUUCCUCAAAGAUGCUCGGGAAUACAUAAAGGUUAAAGAGUACAAGAAUGCACUAAGAGAGAUAAAGAAGGUUCUGAACAAGGAUAAAAAUAAUUACAUGGGGCUUGUUUUCUGUGGACUCUGCUUGUCUGAGCUCGAUCAACCUGCCCAAGCACUUCAGGCGUACAAGCGAGCAAUUGACAGUGCACCGGAGCAAGCAACAGCCUGGGAAGGUUUGGCUAAGUUCUAUGAGAAAAAUUCGGGAAACGCCGAGUAUAGACAAGAUAGGAUACAGACUUUACACAGACUUCUUACAUUCGCUCAGGACGACGUAUCGAAGCACUAUGAUAUCUGCAGUAAGGUUGCCCAGCUCCAGAUGGACGGGUUAGAUCUAGACGGAGCAGUGAAAACUCUCCAGGUUCAGGCUAAACACGCAGAACAGGACACAGAGAAAUAUAGAUCCUCCUUGGAGAUGAUUGUCAAGCUCUUAUGUCCGCAGCCGGAGCUUAACAAGUCUUUGAGCCAAGUGUACGAGGAGACCCUGGACUCUCUCAUCUCCGACAAGGAGACAAUACAGAACCUGGAGAACCUCAAGCUUCUGAUCAAGCAACUGUAUAAGGUCCGUAGUCUGGAGAAGCUUGUGAUGACCGCACUGAAGAUGGUUGAAAUAUACCCUGAGAAUAGUUAUCCAUUGGAGUGGAUUUGUAAAGUGUAUUUGGAGUGGGCAGCAGAUACCCUAGAUUUCGAUUGUGAAGAGUUGAAUGAUCCGAGUGUGUACUAUAAGAAACUACUGGAGCUAAAUCCAACCUCAACUCUUGGAAACCUGGCCCGGGGAGCACAUCUAGUCAAGAUGGGAAAUAUGGCGGAGGGAAUACCAAUAUUGUCCGCCGGAACGGAUGUUAGCGCACCGAAUGUUUACGGGUUAUAUAUGCUGACUAAGGCGGAGGUUGAGGCGAAGAACUUCUCCGCCGUUGAAUUAUCUGUGUCAUCUACCGUCAAACAUUUAGACAAGGUUAAAGAACAGAAAACUCGUGAGAAGAUGUCACGUGACCUGAACCUAAUGUUUAUCAAGUCUCUUUAUUAUCAAGGCUCCAAGGAGAAACUAGAAAACUCUCUGCAAACUAUUAAAGGUUUAGAAAAUUCCGGCAAGAUUGAUCCUGAGUUUGGUUUAAUAAUUGCAAAGAUCUACGCAACCCUAGGAUUGGAAAAUGAAGUAUCCAGGGUACAGUCAAUCCUAGAGCUCUCCGUCCUAGACUCUAAACUGAUACAAGCAUUAGUUUACUACUCUAGAUCUGAACUAGAAUCUGGAGAGAAGCUGUUGUCUGAAAUCCUGCUUUUUUCUCCGGAUAGCUACGAGAUCUUGAUCUUACUGGGACGGAUCUGUUGGGAAUUAAAGAAAUCUUCUCAGAGUCUAGUAUACUUCCUCAAAGCAGCAAAGGUUGAACCUGGGAGCUGGGUUCCAUUUCUCUAUCUAGGACACUACUACAGAUCUCUGGGUUCGGAUCAGGGUCUGGAGAAAGCUAGAAAAUGUUACCAGAAAUGUGUUGAACUGAAUCCCCAAGAAGUAAGUGCAGGGCAGGCACUGAGUGAUAUAUACAGGCAAACAGGGAACCUAGAGGAUAACCUAAAUUUUCUGACUGGGGUCACAGGCCGAAGCACUGCAGCUUCUGGGAAGUGUACAUGGGCGUGGCUAAGACUAGGCGUACACUAUCUAGCAGCAGAUGAACCCAGUCUUGCUGUACAAGCUCUUCAAUCUGCUCUGAGAGGGGAUAGUGGCGACCUUAAUUGCUGGGAAGCGCUUGCUGAUGCCUACCUGGCGCGCGGAAGCUUCACUGCUGCGCAUAAAGCUUAUGAAAAGGUUCUACAGAUGAACCCUGGGUCCGAAUAUACAAGGUUGAUGAUUGCUGUGAUCAAGGAACGAAUAGGGAAGUGGAGGGAAGCUGUUGUUGACUUUAGGUUCAUUCUGAAGCAGAGUCCAGAAUAUCUACCAGCCCUCAGGGGUCUUGGCGAGUCUUUGGUUGCACAAGCGCAGAACUUUAUUGACGAGAAUUUAGACAGGAAUGCAGUGGACUGUGUUGAGGAAGGACUAGAAGUAUUAACCCAAGCUGCUGAACUUAAACCUGGUCUUCCAGGAACAUGGAGACUAUUGGGUGACUGUUGCGCGCUACUAGGUGAACUCCCUUGCUCUGUAGUUACUCUACAUGUUCCAAGUAAACUUGUGGGAGGUACAGAAGGCAAGGAGAAGAUUGAUAAAGUAAAACUACUGGAACUGGGAUCAAGGUGUUAUAUCAGAGCAUUAAACCUAAAUGGAGAGAAUUGGAGGGUUUGGCAUCAACUUGGUUUAGUUUACAGUGCUCUUGGUAAACUCAAUAGCUGCAGGGAUUUAGCGUUAAAAUCCUUGAGUGUGAUGAAACAUGCAGUGAAGCUUGCUCCUGCGGUCAACUCAGUUUGGAACUCUCUUGGGGUAAUUGCUUGCCAGGUAGAGGAUUGGGCCCUGGCACAGCAUAGUUUUAUAAAAUCCUUGGAAGUUGAGAUUAGUUCUGGUGCCUGGACCAACCUUGGGGUUUUAUAUCUACACUUGGGAAAUGCUCACUUAGCAAAUAGGUCGUUCAAGGAAGCACAGAACCAUGAACCAAGUAAUCUUAGAGGCUGGGCCGGUCAGGCGCUAGUUGCAGAGGUCGCUGGGUUCAGAUCUGAGAGUAUGGAUCUUUUCCGUCACUGCACGUUCCUGGGUGGAGAACCCGAGUCCGCCCUGGGAUACGGGAACUGGAUCUGCUCAACACUGUCGGAUCUAGAGAAGGGAGAGAAGGUGGAAUCCCACAAUAGAUAUAUCCUUGAGCAGAUGCAUGGUUUGGCAGUGGCAGCUGACAGCUUGAGAUUGUAUUGUCAGCGUAAGCCGGACAACAGUUUAGCACUUUGUCAGCUGGCGAUAGUUCUGGAGCGACAAGGAUUGUUACGACGCGCAUGCGAAUUUCUAGAGCGCGCGCGAGGUAUACUUGAAGCAUCUGAUAACUGGGAUCUUUUGGAUAAGGUUUUAGGAAACCUUGGACGGAUUCAGUCUAAAUUAGGAGAGCAUGAAAAAGCUGUGGAAACCUUCAAAUCUAUCAGGACUACAAGUUUGUACAGCCAGGUUGGUUUAGCUUUGGCAUAUUUCUCUUUGAACCGUUUCCAAGAAAGCUACAGCAUAUACGACAGCUGCUUUCAUUGGCUGGCGGACAAGGACGGGUUGAAGUCUGAUAUCCUAGUAGCUAUGGGUAUCCUAGCCUACAAGGUGGAGGGAGUUCAAUCUGCCAAAACUCUUCUCUUUCAAUCUUGUCAGCUCCAUCCACCAUCCGUCCGAGGUAUCCUGGCCCUCUGUGUUAUUGGGAUUCAGAGCUCCGAUCUUAAUCUCAUUGAUGCCGCGCUUUCCGAGAUGAUAGUGCACGAAAAUGAUCAACGUCAUGCACACGACAUUGCUUUUCUCCGAGCAUCCGUCAUGCUACUCAAGGGUGAUGCCGUUGGAGCACGUAAGAGUUUGCUCCGGGCUGCGCACGCACAACCCUGGUUGCCUGGGCUGUGGCGCGCGCUUUCUGUUUUUCUUCUUCAGAACAGCGCAGCUGAAGCUGGGAUUGCUGCAACUCUUUGUAAAAAGUCGGCAGCUUCCUCUCUUGAUCAGACGGACAAAAGAUAUAUCUCAGUCCUCAAUGAAGGAAAAUCUUCAGGGUUUUGUGGAAGUUUAUCUACAGCUGAGAGUCUUGUUUUAGAGUCCUUGUGUUUACUAACAGUUGGAGACAGGGCUGGAGCAAAAAGAUCUAGUUCAAAGCUGUGUCACCUUUAUCCUCAUCUUCCAUCUUCCUGGGCAGUAUUAGCCGCAGCAGGUGACAAAAGUUGCAGCUGGUUAAAGAAUGUUCUAGAGUUGGUCCGACAAGCCAGGGAUACUCAGCUGACCGAGUGGGCCGGUCAUCUCGUUUGAUAAACACGUACUGCGAUAUAUAAUUUCUUAAUAAAAGUUCUUAAUUAUA